AUGAGAAGGGCGCGUUUUACAAGUGCCGAAGCACUGCAUAUCGGUAGGUUUGAACGGGCAGACAAGGGGACCCUCUUCUUGGAUGAGAUCGGAGAGAUGCCGCUUUCCAUGCAGUCGAAACUGUUACAUGCGGUUGAAGAAUCUGAGAUUGAACGCGUUGGUGGCGAAAAGUUGAUUCCGAUAGAUGUCCGAAUUAUAGCGGCUACCAACAAAGAUCUGGAACAAGCCGUUAGAGAUGGGAGGUUUCGUGAAGACCUCUAUUAUCGGUUAGAUGUUGCCAGUAUUUCCCUGCCGACGCUGACGGCACGACGCGAAGACAUUGAAACGUUGGCCCUGCACUUUCUUGUGAAGCAUCUCCGACCCGAAGCAUCAGAAAUUCUACAGGUGGCACCGAGGACCUUGGUUCUUCUCAAAAGUUAUCCGUGGCCCGGAAAUGUGCGGGAGUUGGAAAAUGUGGUUGAAACGGCAUCUCACCUCGUCAAAGGGCAGAUACUCUUACCGGAACACUUACCGGAAAAGUUUCAUCCAUAUCAUAAUCACCGAUUGCACAUCUCUGAAGGACCCGCUACACCUGAGAAUGCCCAAAGCGUGACGGUUCCGAUCGACAUGACGCUUGAAGAGGUGGAGGAAACGUUCAUCCGUAAAGUGUUAGCCUCGCUUGAUGGGAAUCGGACCCAAGCUGCGAAAACGUUGGGAAUUGGCAGAAGCACGUUGCAAAGGAAGUUGAAAGGAUAUAAUUAG